AGAGCGAGCUUCACGGAUACAAGACGCUACGCUCUCUCGGAAAUCCCAAACACCGAUCCGUUGACCGGCGAUAAUCUCUGAUCUAGAUCCGAUGGCGAAGGAACCAGUUCGUGUUCUCGUUACAGGGGCUGCAGGACAAAUCGGAUACGCUCUUGUCCCUAUGAUUGCAAGGGGGAUCAUGCUUGGUGCUGACCAGCCUGUGAUCCUCCACAUGUUGGAUAUUCCUCCUGCUGCUGAAGCACUCAACGGUGUGAAGAUGGAGCUGGUCGAUGCUGCUUUCCCUCUUCUCAAAGCGUUGUUGCUACAACUGAUGCCGUUGAAGGGUGUACUGGAGUCAACAUUGCUGUUAUGGUUGGUGGUUUCUCGAGGAAAGAAGGAAUGGAGAGGAAGGAUGUGAUGUCCAAGAAUGUCUCAAUUUACAAGUCUCAGGCUGCUGCUCCAAACUACAAGGUUCUUGUUGUUGCAAACCCUGCAAACACCAAUGCAUUGAUCCUGAAGGAAUUUGCACCAUCCAUCCCUGAGAAGAACAUCACUUGUUUGACAAGGCUAGACCACAACAGGGCCUUGGGUCAGAUCUCUGAGAGGUUGAGUGUGCCCGUGUCUGAUGUUAAGAACGUCAUCAUCUGGGGAAACCACUCAUCCACACAGUACCCAGAUGUCAACCAUGCUAAGGUGCAAACUUCGUCUAAAGAAAAGCCUGUCCGUGAGCUCGUCAAGAACGAUGAGUAGUUGAAUGGAGAAUUCAUCUCUACCGUUCAACAGCGCGGAGCUGCAAUCAUCAAGGCGAGGAAGUUGUCAAGUGCACUUUCUGCUGCCAGCUCUGCUUGUGACCAUAUCCAUGACUGGGUCCUUGGAACUCCAGAGGGUACAUUUUUUUCCAUGGGAGUAUACUCCGAUGGCUCGUACAACGUUCCAUCAGGACUUAUCUACUCCUUCCCUGUCACUUGUCGCAAUGGAGAGUGGAGUAUUGUCCAAGGCCUUCCGAUCGAUGAAGUAUCGAGGAAGAAGAUGGAUUUGACGGCAGAGGAGUUAAAGGAAGAGAAGGACUUGGCGUACUCAUGCCUCUCUUAAACCAAUACUUUUCUUCUGAAGCCAUUUUCCAUCUAUCAGGUUUGAGAUUUUUAAAGCUUUUAGGGCUUUUGUCGGAAUAAAAAUAUCUCUAAACACUGUUUUAUAAAAUCUCUCUGUGGAUUGGGUGUCUCUUUAAUGAACAUAGUACAACCUGGUCUGUUUCUAAACCAGGAUAACAUUUAUACGGUGUCUGGGUUUAUGUAUCUGAUUUGGUUUACCGUUUACCCAUAAUAUAUACCUUAAUAUAUUGAAUAAAAACAAAAAGUAAAACUGGCAA